AUGAGGCGAUACUCGAAUUCACGCCGACCGCAGCAAAUCCUUCCGGAAGAAUAUCGAUCGUGCGAAGUGAGCAUAUCGUCCGCUCGUGCGUCGGUAAUGGUGUAUGACGACGUGAAUAAAAAAUGGGUACCGAGUGGCAGUUCGUCAGGACUCUCCAAAGUUCAGUUGUAUCAUCACCAAGUGAACAAUACGUUUCGCGUGGUGGGAAGAAAGUUGCAGGAUCACGAGAUCGUCAUCAACUGCGCGAUCCUCAAGGGACUGAAAUACAAUCAAGCAACAGUCACGUUUCAUCAAUGGCGAGAUAACAAGCAAGUAUACGGUCUGAAUUUCUCCAGUAAGGACGACGCCGACGCAUUUGCCAGAGCGAUGCUGCAAGCGCUCGAUGUGUUGAGCAAUGGAAGCAACAUAUCGAGAAGUCUUGCACCUGCCUCAGCGACACAGCAGCAACCCGUCUUUCAGCAACAGCAACCCACCAAUGCUCAAUACGACGAGGACAUGGGAUACAGAACCAUGACCAGAGAAGAUGUGGCGAUAAUUCAGGAACGUAGAAUGUCUCAACAAAGUCAAGCAACCAAUAGUCCAAACGCAAUUUCCCCUAGCUGUCCCCUUGCAUCUCAGCAGCAGCAGCAGCAGCAGCAGCAGCAACAGCAGCAGCAACAACAACAACAACAACAACAACAACAACCCUCGCAACAACAACAGCCUCAGCAACAACCCCCGCAACAAUCCGUACAACAGCAACAACAACCGCAACCGCCAGCCCCGCCACAACCCCCGCAACUCCAACAGCAACAGCACCAACCGCAACAGCAACAACAACCGCCUAUGCAACAACCGCAACAAUCCGGUCACCAUAGAACCUCUUCGGCACCUCCAGCUCCUCAGCCCCAACAACAAACGGUGUUGCAGUCUAUGCAAGUAGUCACCGGUGGUCUAGGAACUAACGCAGGACAAAUGUCCAGUGGAGGUGCUCCGCCGGUACCGCCUCCUCAGCCUCCAAUAGCGUCCGCGGUUCCACCGUGUCCACCAGCUAUGAUGAACUUCAACGCACCGGUACCACCGCCUCCGAUGAUGAUGAACCAGUACGCGCAAUCCCCGUCUUCACAGUCGAACCUGCCGAAUCAGUCUCAGCCGCAAUCGAUCUACGGCACAAGUCAGGGAAAUCAGUACGGAGCCGCGCCAAACAAUAGUCAGUACGCAACCGCCGGCGUGGUUGGUCAGAGCCCGUGUCAGUAUUCCUCCGCUAAUCAGAACAACUUUUACGGUAACAACGGGCAAGUCGGUAACGCGUAUCCUAGUGGACAACCCGGUCAACCGAGUCAGUACGGGGGCGGUGGUGGUAGUGGUGGUGGUGGUGCCGCUGGGAAUCAGUAUGGGAGCAGCAACUCGAUUAGCCAGUAUGCCAGUAGCGGUACUGCGACGACGGGUCAGUACGGAGUAGGUGUUGGCAUGAACGUGGGCGUCGGCCAGCCGAAUCAGUCUCAGUACAGUACCGUGCCUCAGACACAACCACAGUACGGGACCAGUCAGAUACAGGCUGUCUCGAACACCACGAACCCUUAUGGAACACCGUCGAACUCGGUGAAUCAGUAUAGCAGCACUGGUGGCGGUGCAGGUGGCACCGUUGCUAGCUGCGGAGGUGGUGCUGCUAGUGGCGGAACUGCAGCUGCAAGUGGUCUCCACGCGCCACCGGUUAAUAUUAAUAUUUAUGCUCCUGCUGGUAACGCAGUUCCUCAACCACCCCCUAUGGUACCGCUGGCUGGUCCUGCUGCUCCACCGCCGCCUCCUCCGCCACCUGCCCCCAAACUCAACGCUAUCAACCUCAGUUCACUUUCUGGAUCUGGUUCCUCUGGAUCUGUGAGUUCUGCUACGAAUAACGAACCGUCGCCGGAUUCGAAUUCGUUGGCUGCUGCAAUUCAGGCGACUCGUCUUAAAAAGAAACAGUCAGCGCAACAGCCGGUGGAAAACAGUGGUUCGAGCACUAGCAGCAGCGGAAGUGCUGGAAGCAGCGGAAAUUAUGGCACGCUGGGAAGGGGGGGAGGAGGCGGUAUGGCGUCUAUGAUGGAUGAAAUGGCUAAAACUUUGGCUCGUAGACGAGCUGCUGUUGAAAAGAAACAACCUGAACAGCCACAGGAACCUGAGAGUUCGCCUGAUAAAAAAUCAUGGGACAAGAACAAUUCUUCGAACAAUAAAUUCUCGAACGGUGCCGAAUCUCCGAAAUCGGUUCGCAAGAGGUUUGGUUCUGCCUCCGAGGAUACUCUUCUGAAAGUAAACGGCGUAAACGAUGGGGCUGCCCUCACUGCUCAAGAAUUGGAGGCGUUCAAGGCGGAAAUUAUCAAGGAAGUGCGCAAAGAAAUCCAGAAGAUGAAGCAGGAAAUUAUAGAUGCUGUCAGAGCGGAACUGAGUAGAAGAUAAAGAUGCGACGAGGACCAGUUUGAAGUGAAACGGAGAAAAAGAAAUGAGGGAUUCUACUACUGUGUAGGUCAGCCGAAACGAUCAUCGACAAGCCGUACACGAGAUUUUUUUUACUACGUAUUCGCGAAAAUGGAAUGUAGUUGUAUCCCAUGUAUAUCAGACAUGUUUGUGUGUAAGUACGUUAUAUCUAACCUAGUGUUCUAAGUGAACCGUACCCUUCGUUGCUCGCCAGAUGAGUGGCGAGCGACGACGACGACGACGACUUUGGAUAAAAACCGAUUCUGAUUCUGCCAAUUCGAUGCACAACACACACACCUCGGAUCAUCUACGUUCGCAUGCGUAUUAAUCUUCGGUGGUAUCGUACAAUUUUCUUUUUGAUUGACGACGAUUACCGUGCCCCUUUUUCUCCACAAAUGUAUUAUUCGUAGAGUUAAAUCGAGCAACCUAACGUGAUGUAACGUAAUGCUGGUCCCACGCACAAUGAAAGACACACUUGCAUUUAUAUGUAAAUAUCACGGAACUGAACCGAGCGAUAGAUACGUAAAAAAGAACAAACAAAGAAUUACAAAGAGAUUCCUCUAGUCUGAGAUGCAUCUAAAGUAUACCAGAAAUGAAAAGAAAAAGAAAAAGGAAAAAAGAACGUGCAUUGAAUUUUUUCCGCGAUCGUGGUGCAAUUUCAUUCUUUCUAUUUGGGCAUUAGCUGCUGGUUCUCUAUUCGUAAUGCACGUCAGAUUUUUCAACAUUUGCAACAUCGAAUCUCUCACUUGAAUUUUUUCGUACCGUACCACCACUUCCAUGUACAGAUUCCAUUAAUACGCACAGCUCGUUACAUUCCAAGUCAAAAUGUUUCGGUACCGCAAAACAGAAUAGAAUAGAAUAAAGUGAUCAUCGAUCGACUGCCACACACAGAAACAAACACAGAACACACAUACUAAAACAAUACCGAUGGGAUUUUCAAUCGAUUCGAGAGAAAUUCGUAUCGCGAACUCUCCAUGUACGAGGAUACACGUAACUA